AAGCUGCUUUGCCAGCGACCAUAAUGAAGACUCCAUCCACCAACCUGUGGAGCUGAUACACGACCACCUAUAAAGCUGCAGCGGCCUGCUGCGCAAACCGCAAUUCAAUAUGGCGACCACCUCGUCCAUGUUCAUGUACUCCUUGACGAUACAACCUCCAACGGCGGUCACACAGGCUAUUUUGGGCCAAUUCGCUGGUACGAAAGAGCAGCAAAUUGUAACUGCAUCAGGAUCUCGCCUUACUCUUCAUAGACCCGAUCCAUCACAAGGGAAGAUUGUCACAGCCUUAACACACGAUGUGUUUGGCAUCAUCAGGACAUUGGCAGCCUUCAGGUUAGCCGGCAGCAACAAGGACUAUAUAAUCAUUGGAUCCGACUCUGGCCGCAUCACCAUUGUUGAAUUUGUUCCUGCACAGAACAGAUUUAACCGACUUCACCUCGAAACAUUUGGAAAGUCUGGCGUCAGACGUGUGAUUCCCGGACAAUACCUCGCAGUCGAUCCAAAGGGCAGAGCGUGUCUCAUCGCGUCUGUCGAGAAAAACAAACUCGUCUAUGUCUUGAACCGCAAUUCACAGGCCGAGCUGACAAUUUCGUCACCGCUCGAGGCCCAUAAAGCUCAAACUUUAGUUUUUGCCCUAGUGGCACUAGACGUUGGAUAUGCAAAUCCAGUUUUCGCUGCCCUAGAAGUCGACUAUGGCGACUCCGACCAAGACCCUACGGGUCAGGCGUUCGAAGAGAUCGAGAAAACCUUAGUCUACUACGAGCUUGAUCUUGGGCUGAACCAUGUUGUCCGCAAGUGGUCUGAUCCUGUAGACCGAACGGCAAGCAUACUGUUCCAAGUUCCUGGUGGAACUGAUGGGCCGAGUGGAGUUUUGGUUUGUGGUGAAGAUAAUAUCACAUAUCGCCAUUCCAACCAAGAGGCCUUCCGUGUUGCUAUCCCCCGGCGGAGAGGCGCCACAGAGGAUCCUCAGCGAAAGAGGUCGAUUGUCGCCGGUGUUAUGCACAAAAUGAGAGGUGCUGCUGGGGCUUUCUUCUUCCUUCUUCAGUCUGAUGAUGGAGACCUCUUCAAAAUUACGAUCGAAAUGAUUGAGGAUGACAAUGGGCAGCCAACUGGCGAGGUCAGGCGUUUGAAGAUUAAAUACUUCGACACUGUUCCAAUCGCAACGAGCCUCUGCAUUCUAAAGAGUGGAUUCCUGUUUGUUGCGAGUGAGUUUGGAAAUCAUCAAUUCUACCAAUUCGAGAAGCUAGGCGACGAUGAUGAAGAGACUGAAUACAUCAGCGACAACUUCCCAACGGAUCCAGCGGAGCCAUACACGCCCGUCUAUUUCCACCCUCGCCCAGCAGAAAAUCUGAACUUGGUGGAAAGCAUCGAUUCCAUGAAUCCUCUAAUGGACUGCAAGGUUGCGAACCUGACAGAAGAAGAUGCUCCUCAGAUAUAUUCCAUCUGUGGCACAGGGGCUCGUAGCACUUUCCGUACCCUGAAACAUGGAUUGGAAGUCAACGAGAUCGUGGAAUCCGAACUCCCUGGUGUGCCAUCUGCUGUUUGGACUACAAAACUCACUCGGGGUGAUGAGUAUGACGCAUAUAUCAUUCUGGCAUUUUCCAACGGCACGCUUGUGCUCAGCAUUGGUGAAACUGUUGAAGAAGUGACGGAUACUGGGUUCCUUUCUUCGGCCACGACUUUGGCUGUUCAGCAGCUCGGAGAAGAUGGGUUGAUUCAGGUGCACCCCAAGGGCAUCAGGCAUAUCCGAGCGGAUCGCCGUGUUAAUGAAUGGGCCGCACCACAGCACCGCUCAAUCGUUGCGGCCACUACGAACGCACAACAAGUCGCCGUGGCACUGAGUUCCGGAGAAAUUGUCUACUUUGAAAUGGACUCCGAUGGAAGUUUAGCAGAGUACGACGAGAAACGUGAGAUGAGCGGCACAGUAACGUGCUUGAGUCUUGGAGAAGUCCCGGAAGGGCGUGUAAGGAGUAACUUCCUUGCGGUUGGAUGCGAUGAUUCCACGGUCCGAAUUCUCAGCCUCGAUCCUGACUCCACUCUUGAAAACAAGUCCGUCCAGGCCUUGACAUCGGCGCCUUCGUCGCUAUCAAUCAUGGCAAUGACGGACUCUUCGUCUGGUGGAUCCACACUUUAUCUUCACAUCGGGCUCUACUCUGGCGUGUAUCUGAGAACUGUUCUGGACGAGGUCACUGGUGAAUUGUCCGAUACGAGAACACGAUUCUUGGGACCGAAGCCAGCCAAGCUGUUCCGAGUUUCUGUUCAGGGCCAAACGGCGGUACUAGCUUUGAGCUCUAGGCCUUGGCUUGGGUAUUCCGACCCAGUCACAAAGGGCUUCAUGUUAACGCCUCUCGACUACGUCGGACUUGAGUGGGGCUGGAAUUUCAGCAGCGAGCAGUGCCCGGAGGGGAUGGUUGGAAUCCAAGGGCAAAAUUUACGGAUCUUCUCAAUCGAAAAACUCACAGAAAACCUCCUUCAACAGUCAAUCCCACUGUCUUAUACCCCCCGCCGAUUUGUCAAGCAUCCUGAACACCCAUACUUUUACGUCAUCCAGUCCGAUAAUAAUGUUCUCUCCAAAAGCACGAAACAAAAGCUGCUAGAAGAUCCUUCAGUCCAGAAUGGCGACUCUGCCGUUCUGCCUGCUGAAGAGUUCGGAUAUCCUCGUGGCAGGGGCCACUGGGCAUCUUGCAUCCAGAUCGUUGACCCUAUCACGGAAAAGAAGGUCCUACAGCAAAUCGACCUCGAAGACAACGAGGCAGCGGUCAGCAUGGCGACUGUUUCUUUUGCAAGCCAAGAAGAUGAAGUAUUCUUGGUUGUGGGUACAGGAAAGGAUAUGGUGGCAAGCCCCCGCUCAUCAUCGGGUGGUUUCAUCCAUGUGUAUCGUUUCCAUGAAGAAGGGAAGGAAAUCGAGUUUAUCCAUAAAACCAAGGUCGAAGAGCCCCCGCUUGCACUUCUCGGAUUCCAAGGAAGGCUUCUUGUUGGCAUCGGCAGAGAGCUACGCAUAUACGACUUGGGAAUGCGUCAACUUCUGCGCAAGGCACAGGCUGAGAUCGCUGCGUCCUUAAUUGUCGGUCUCCAGACACAAGGUAGCCGCAUCAUCGUCAGUGACGUCCAGGAGAGCAUUACUUUCGUCGUCUACAAAUUCCAAGAGAACAAGCUCAUUCCCUUCGCGGAUGACACUAUUGCGCGCUGGACAACCUGCACGACGAUGGUCGAUUACGAGACCGUCGCCGGCGGUGACAAGUUUGGUAACCUCUGGCUUCUGCGUUGCCCAACCAAGGCUAGCGAGGAAGCAGACGAAGAGGGCUCUGGCGCACACCUGGUCCACGAGCGUCAGUACCUUCAGGGAGCGCCUCACCGCGUUGCCCUGAUGGCGCACAACUUUGCGAAUGAUAUCCCGACUAGCAUCCAAAAGACGAAUCUCGUAGCCGGUGGACGUGACUGUCUCCUCUGGAGCGGUCUUCAGGGCACCAUUGCCAUCAUGAUCCCGUUCGUCAGUCGCGAAGAUGUCGAUUUCUUCCAGACGCUUGAGCAGCACCUGCGAACCGAGGACGCGCCGCUUGCGGGGAGAGACCACCUUAUCUACCGGAGCUACUACGUCCCGGUCAAGGGUGUCAUUGACGGAGAUCUGUGUGAGCGCUAUACACUUCUGCCUACGGAUAAGAAGAUGAUGAUUGCUGGAGAGUUGGACAGGAGCGUGCGCGAGAUAGAGAGGAAGAUUUCUGAUAUGCGAACUCGCUCGGCAUACUAAGAGGGGUGAUAUUUUGAAUCCCGGAUGGAAUCGGGCUGUAUGUGUAAUAACCACAUUACGUUAUGUAAAUUCUCUAAAUAUGAGAACUCUAGAGAUAUCAAUGACCAUCCGCCUCAAUGGUGCAACAAUAUAUAAAAAAAUCACAAACCCAUAUAUCUACCUUCGC